AUUCGAUAUUUGGACCCUUCAGUCCGGUUGACGUCUUCAGGAUUCCUCACCUACAUCACAUGGUCCAAAAGGACUAUAUAUGCAGACUCAAUAGCCACCACUCAACCUCUAAAAUCCUCUUUUGCUUGACAACCCAUCCUCUGAAGCCGUAUCUCGCGAAUAAGCUCAACUCAUCAGCCUCAUUACCAUCCUAUUAUCCAUUUCGGGCGGAACAGUCUACGAUGGCUUCAAGAGUAUAUUGGACAACGACUGCCCCAUUCACAGUUAUAGUUGCGGGCGUCCCUACCCAAUUCGUUUAUCUCCGCUUUGGCAUCACCACAAUCGCAGUUGCAGAUCGAGUCAACCAAUGGAAGAACUACUGCCCUUUGCCCGUGGUGCUAGGUGGUUCCGUCCUCAGUCAGGCAAACAUCGGCGGCAACGAUGCUGAUAAUGCUAUCAGAAGGUAUGCCAUUGUACCGCCCCCCAUCUCCUCUUUAGAUUUCCUAACGAAAGUGUACCUACCUAGGCUACUCAUCAAUCCCGCUCUCGUCAAUCCGCCGAAUCCCGGGCUGGCUUGGACUUUGUCUCAACCCGCCACCCAGAUAGAUUGGUUUGUGGUUCCUGUGAUACAGCCGGGUGGUGCUACUGUGGGCAAUCUGGUACAAGCAUCAGUCAAUGCGACGAUUAAUGCCGGGGGUUUGAGCGCCGCAAACAUAGACGCUUUCGUUACUCACAUGUACAACAAUAUCAAUCACUGAAUGG